CGGGGCCGGGGCGGACGGCGUUCCCCUGAGGGGUCUCCCCGCGGGAGCGCGGAGCCGGCGACUGGUGCUUCCCACGUGCGCCGGUGUCGCGAGGGCCCGGGAGGACGCAGAGCACGGCCGGGAGAAGCAUGGGAAGGAGGCCGAGCCGGGAUCUCAGGUCCUCGGGGGCGGCGGCCACGCCAAGGACGGCAUUUAUGACAUUAACAGAGAACAGGACUAUGUCAAGAAUUCUGAGGGUAUACUUGGUGAAAAUGAAUUAAGACCACCCUCCCAGCUACAUUCUCUCUUAGAGAAGAUCGAGACAGGGUCCCUAUCAGAAAAGAUUUUUGAGACAGUGUCCUUGAGUUCAGACUCUCUCUUCCAGAGGGCAGUUUCACUCCUCCAUACUUCUUACUUGGACUCUUCAUCUGAGCAUGGUUUUCAGUACAGUCAAGUGACUUUGGUGAAAAAUGACAUUUUCUUAAAUGAGUACAAAAUUUUUUACCAACAAAAAAAAGCAAGUAACUAUACUCAGGAAGAACUUCAAGAUACUUACGGGUUUCUUCUGUUUGAUACUGAAAAGCAGGCAAAAUUGGUAUGUCAGCGUGGACUCUGUGUUGGCAGCAGUGCUGUUACCACUCUGGGUGAUCCAGCCAAAGGUGUAUACAUUUCCAAAUACUCCGACUAUCUUCAUCCAAGACCGUGGUAUCAUGGGAAAUCUGGUUAUGUUGUAAUUUUUAAUAUAAUUAAGUAUUACUUUUACGAACUUUCAGGCAACACCGUUAUUGAGCGACCCAGACAGAUCUGUCCUUAUGUAAUUGUAGCUUUUCAAUACAGGGAACCUAAAACUAUGGCACCACCAGCUCAUAAAAGCAUACUUGAAUGCAGUGAAAAUGUUCUCAUGUCUCCAUGGAAAGGGAAAUUAAUUGUUCAAGACCGUAUGCUAUGUGAUAUAGCUCUUUGGUCCACUUAUGGUGCAAUGAUUCCAACACAGCUACCACAGGAACUAGAUUUUAAAUAUGUAAUGAAAGUGUCUUCCUUGAAAAAAAAACUACCAGAGGCUGCCUUUAGAAAACAGAAUUACUUGGAGCAGAAAGUCUGUUUUCAAGAUUUGUGCUUCAAUUUGUAUGAGGUAGAACUGUCAAACAGACAAGGGGAAAAUAUAGAUAAAUUAACAGAAUGUAUUAAAAACAAGCAAUUGGCAAUCAUCAAAUGCUUAGAAGAUCGAGGGUUUUUCAUUUUACUUACAUCAUCAGCCUUACUAUCAGAACCAGAUUUUGGAGGCAAGCAGAUGGGUCUGCAUGGGUUACAUUUAUUUCAUUCACCCCUGUCAACAGGGGUAAAAGAUUUGAAAGUUGAAGAUGACAUCUCAAUGAAGGUGAUACCUAUUAUACCUGCCCUUAAUUGUGCCCUGCUAGAAACAAAGAAAUCACUUCCUGAAGAAAGAAUCCAUCCAAACACAUUAGUAAAGCAUCAUUUCCAAGAAUUGUACAAGGCGGACAGAAGCCCUUCAUUGACUGUUGCUCCUCAGGAUAGAAUGAAAGACCCUACAUUCUUGGGGAAACUGCCCAGUGGUUUUGACUUGAUUCCUCCAGCUGAAAAGUGCCCUUCAGAGUCUUUAACUCAGUUGAACUCUUAUUUUUCAGACCCUAGUGCUUACAUUUUGGAAGUGUCUACUGCUUUGGACUUGUUAGCAGAGCAUCCUCAGUCUCCUUGUGUUUCAGAUGGAAUUUGUGAUGCUGGAUUUUCUUUAGUUAUGACUCCAGAUCCUGAAUUUCUUGUCUCAGAGGCAGAAUUGAGAAAAGAAACUGAAAUGAAAAAGGAUUCUGAAGAAAUGUUGAAAGCAAAGAAGAGAGUUGUGGUUCCAUUGAGUCCAGCGUCAAAUCUGAGAGUGCAGCCUAAGAGGAAGGCCCGCAUGCCCCACGUGGUGCAGAGUAAAAAGGUGAACUUGUGCCGCCCCUUUCGCAAAAGACCUGUUUCCAGAGCAGACAACAGCUCGGACUCUCCAACAACUCUUAAGUUAGUUAAAGGACAGUUUCCUCAGAAAAGAAAAAGAGGUGCGGAAGUGCUGACUGCACAGUUUGUACAGAAAACCAAAUUGGAUAGGAAAAACCAAGAAGCUCCUAUUUCUAAAGAUGUUCCAGUGCCAACAAAUGCUAAAAGGGCAAGGAAACAAGAGAAAUCUCCAGUCAAAACUGUUCCAAGGGCUAAGCCACCUGUGAAGAAAUCUCCACAAAAACAAAGAGUAAAUAUAGUAAAAGGCAAUGAGAACCCCAGAAACAGAAAGCAGCUACAACCUGUCAAAGGAGAAACUGCUUCAAAGCUUCAAUCAGAAAUUUCAAGAGAUGGUCAAGAAGAUGGGAUUAGCAUAAAUAGUGUUCAACCAGAAAAUACCACAGCGGCUCACAAUGAUCUUCCUGAAAACUCCAUUGUCAACUAUGACUCCCAGGCCCUAAAUAUGUUAGCCGAUCUAGCAUUAAGCUCUGCUACUUCUUCCACACCAGUAUCUGAGCCUAGAAAUCUUCACUGUUCCUCUGAAUUGCCACAAAAUGAUGUUUUACCCUCUAAGGAAAAUACUUUGCGAGGUACAUCUGACCAUGAAUAUCAUAGAGGAGUUAAAAGUCAAAAAGGUGAAUUACUACCUAACCCAUCUUCUGAUAGGAAGAGUAAUUCUGGAUCAGACUUAACUGUUAGCCAAGAUGAAGAAAGCUUGGUUCCUUGUAGUCAGGCCCCUGCUAAAGCCCAGUCAGCACUUACUGAGGAAAUGCUAGAAUCUUCAGAUGCAAGCCAAAGCUCUUCUGUUUCUGUGGAACAUUCAUAUGCCCUGCUCCUUACAGAACAUUCAAAGAAACAUCUACAGGAGAGAGAGAUACCAAACCCUCUGUUUCCCAAGAAUGGGACAAAAAGCCCUGAAGCAGCAACCCCAGUGGGGAAAGUCAUGCCAUUUCGGCAUCAGCCCGGCCUUUUGCUUCAGCAAAAGCCUCCUGACGAGCCCAUGGUGAAGCCCAAGGAUCGACCAACAUCUUCCCGUGUGAAAAAAUCUUCUUGCUCUCGUAUAGUGUUUAGCUGUGAUGACUCCGUUAAGAUCACUUUCAAAUGUGAAACAGAAUAUGCAUUCAGCUUAGACAGCAAAUAUACCAACAACCCACUGGAGAAAACUGUAGUAAGAGCAUUGCAUGGGCCCUGGAAUACUGAUUUGCCUGAUAAUGUGGAAGAAGUGAAGCUUUUACUUCAUAUGUGGGUAGCUCUGUUUUACAGCAAUCAGAACAAAGUCAUACGAUCUUCCCGAAAGGUUGUAGAACACAGCAACCCAGCAAAAUAUGUGUCUAUAAAUAGCAUGUUAGAAUCUUGUGAGCUCCGUGAAAUUGAGGAGUCCCUUGGUUUGGAAAGAUGUUCUGCAGACCCUCUGUUGGAGACUAACGAAAUUUCCAGGGCUCAUGCUACUGAAGUAUCCUUCCGUGAUCCUAACUGCUUGCUUCCUUUCAUUAAAACACCACUUACCCGAGGCUUGGAACUCUGUGUACAAAAUGAACAGAAAAAAACUUUUGCCAGAGAGUGUGAUCCAGACACCCAAGAAAACCAGAAUUUCGUCUGUUCUUAUAAUAAUGAGGUAAUUGGGGAAGAAGCUAAACAAGAAUCAUUGGAGACUUCUAAUCUUGUGCUUUCUGGUGUUGGAAGUACACAAACUAAUGGACCUUCAGUUCCUAGUGAAGAAGAAAUUGUUCAGCCACUGGAUAGCACAAGAGUGGCUUCUUACAGUGGCACUGUUACUCAAGCCACAUUCACCAGGACUUACGAUGGGCCUGGUAGUCAGCCAGUGAUAUGUCAGAGCUCUGUGUACAGCACCCUUGAAAACAAAAUGGAUGUUCUUGAUGCAGCAAUGCAAACAAAAACAGGUACUUUACAGGACCUUAUCCAACAUGGCAGCCCCAUAAACAAUGAAUGUCAACCUUCCUUGGAAAGAAAGGAUGAUAAUUUGGGGUGUGCAGUGAUUAAUCCGGAACCAGUUACUCUCACCUUUGAAAAAAAUGCACAUGUACCAAUACAGACAGAAGGUGUAAAUGCAGCUGAUGAACCUACAACCUUUAAUAAGGAGUUGAUUAAGCAAGUAUCACCUGCUGCAAGCCUUAGACAUCCUGUAUCCACCUCGGAAAACACACAAACACAAGGCCUGAGGGACAUUCCCUCUCUAGUAGUUGCAGGACAGAAAGGCACUAAGUACCUUUGUGCCUCCUCAGUAGGUAGAGAGACACUUGAUAAAGAAAUGUGUUCAUUACAGCAAGAGAUGCCUCUUCCAGUCUCACUACCGUCUGAUAAAACAAUGGUAAUGGAGGCAUUAUCAUUAGUUAAAAGUUCUAGUUAUCUAUUACCCAGUGAAGAAGUGAGAUGCACUCAAGAUUUCCUUUCGCAGACUCAGAGUCUCCUCAGCGUAUCUUCAGAAGGGCUUCUAGAACCGACACAGGUUGAAGUGGACUCAUUAUCAGCCUCUACCACCUUGGGAAAGCAUUGUUCACUUAACUGCAUUUCAUCAGGAUGCCACACAUCAGGCGACUCUUUAGAACUAAGGAAGGAUGACAAGAAUGGUCCAAACACUGACAAUAUGAAUUUGGAAGCGUUUGAUUCGGUAUAUAUCAAACAAACAAGCCUGUCUGUGAGUAGAGAGGUCAGCCUAGAGUUAUCAGAGGACGAUUCUGACAUUGACUUAGCUCUAACAAUAUCACCACCUACAAGUCCCAGAGAAGAAAUGCCAGCUGGUGAAAUAGAGCAAUUUGAAGAGGCCCCAUUCUCAAAUUUAGAACUUCAGGAUGUAGCUGAGGAAAUAGAUGAACCAGAAGAGGUGGCUCUCACAGAAAGCGGAGAAGUGAAUUCUGCUGACAAUGUGUCAGUAUAUCCUACAGUGUCAGAAGAACCAGUAGAAAAUAAGGAGAGAAAGGGGGAUAAUUUACAAUCAGUUACUUUAAUACUUUCUAAAGAAAAUUGCACCCUUGAGAUUGCAGAGGAAAUUAAUGUGACCUCUGAUUUUCCCUUUGAUUCUGUAAUUGAGGAAGUAUCACCAGCUUCUAGUCCUGAACCUCCAGUACCAGUUAAAGAGACACGACCAUAUCAGGCUGUGACUCCAUGCAUUUUAAAACUUCAUGGUACACAGUGUGAGAAGAGCAACCGAAUCUCCCAAUGUGAGUCAGAAGACUUAGGCAUAACAGAAAAAGAAAAUGUUUUUGUUGGUCCUACCCAUCCAGUGGGGCAAGAUAACUUUACCCAGGUACAACAAAUGCAGGUCUCUGCCGAAAUGCCUCUAAUAUUAACUGAUCAUCCAGGAAGAACAGGUAGACCAACCCUUCCUGGUAAAGUAACUGAGGAGAUUGUCUCAAGUGAGCAUGAUGAGGGUUUAUCUUUCUCAGGAAAGGUGCAGUGCUGUGGUAGGGACUUAAACCAGCCUGCCUCAGCUGCCAAAUGCACAGGUGACUUCAGUCCUUCUCCUGAAAAACUGGUAAAAUCAGGAAAUCCAUUGCAGCCAGUUAGUAUAGAGAACAGAAAUUUGAACUUAAAACAUCUUGUCUUGGAGUCCAGUGCACCUCCAUUUAGUCCUAGAAAUGUUAUUGAAAAUAAGUCUUUGUCUGACACAUUGGUUUCCACAAUGGCAGCAAGUGGUAUAGUGAAUGUGUCAGUAAAACAGCAGACUAGCCCUAAAAGCAGUCAGAACAAUCUCUUUCCCAGUGAUUUGAAAACAGAUGAAGGCAUUUAUCUGCAGGUGAAGUCCUUGACAGCUGCCUCGGUUGAUGGAGCUUAUUCUACACAAGGAUGCAUGUGCUCAGUGGUCCCCACGCUUUGUUCUUCCUCAGACAGUGCUACAUUAACCCAUUAUGUAAGACCAAUAAAUGCAGAGCCAGCAUUUCAAGCACAGGAAAUACCAGCAGUCAGAAUGGCCAGUUUGCUUAAGAAUGGUGAAACUGAAGCUGAGUUACAUAAAGAAACCACAGGUCUAGGCACUGCUGGCCCUCAGUCCAACACCACAUCUUCUCUAAAAGGUGAACGCAAAGCCAUCCACAUGCUGCAAGAUGUGUCAACAUGUGAAACAAAGGAGCUGUUGAAUGUUGGGGUUUCCUCCCUUUGUGCUGGUCCCUACCAAAAUACAGCAGACACCAAGGAAAAUCUCAGUAAAGAGCCUUUGGCCUCCUUUGUUUCAGAAUCCUUUGAUACUUCUGUUUGUGGAAUAGCCACAGAGCACGUAGAAACUGAGAACAGUGGGGAGGGGCUCAGGACUGAGGCUGGUUCUGAAAUCCUAGGCAGAGAUGCAGAGGUCAGUGUGAAUUCUGACAUGCACUGUGAACUGCUUUCUGGAGAUUGUGAUCUAGACCUGCUUGGUGAUUGUAGAAAUCCCAAAUUGUAUUUGGAGGAUUCUUAUACUUUAGGAGGUAGUUACACCAGGAAAAAAGAUGUUCCCACAGAUGGCUAUGAGUCGUCGUUGAACUUCCACAACAACAACCAAGAGGACUGGGGCUGCUCUAGCCGGGUUCCAGGCAUGGAGACGAGCCUCCCUCCCGGGCACUGGACUACUGGGGUAAAGAAAGAAGAGAAGUGUGUGCCGCCUUACGUCCAAAUCCGAGAUCUCCAUGGUAUCCUCAGGACUUACGCCAACUUCUCUAUAACAAAAGAACUCAAAGACACCAUGAGAACUUCACACAGCCUGAGGAGGCAUCCGAGUUUCACUGCAAACUGUAGCCUGCCCAGCUCCUGGACAAGCACUUGGCAGGGGGCAGAUGACCUCACCCAGAACACUUUAGACCUGGAGUAUCUGCGUUUUGCACAUAAACUAAAACAGACCAUAAAGAAUGGGGAUUCUCAGCAUUCUGCCUCCUCUGCCAAUGUCUUUCCAAAGGAAUUACCGACCCAGAUCUCCAUUGGUGCUUUCCCUUCGACAAAAAUCUCUGAGGCCUCAAUUCUGCAUCCUGCACCUAGGAGCAGAAGCCCCCUUCUGGUAACAGUUGUGGAGUCAGAUCCCAGACCACAGGGUCAGCCCAGGAGAGGCUACACAGCCAGCAAUCUGGACAGCUCUUCCUCUUGGAGAGAGAGAUGUAGUCAUAAUAGAGAUCUUACAGAUUCUCAAAGAAAUGACACUGUUUCACUCCACCUCAACAAACUGAAAUACAACAGUACUGUGAAGGAAUCGCGGAAUGAUAUUUCACUUAUUCUCAAUGAGUAUGCUGAAUUCAACAAGGUGAUGAAGAAUAGCAGCCAAUUCGUUUUCCAAGACGAAGAGCUAAAUGAUGUUUCUGGAGAAGCCACUGCUCAAGAGAUGUAUCUGCCUUUCCCAGGACGGUCAGCCUCCUAUGAAGACAUAAUCAUAGAUGUGUGUGCCAAUUUGCACGUCAAACUAAGAAGUGUUGCGAAAGAGGCUUGUAAAAGUACCUUCCUGUUCUACCUUGUCGAAACAGAAGACAAAUCAUUCUUUGUAAGAACAAAGAACCUUCUGAGGAAAGGAGGCCAUACAGAAAUUGAACCUCAGCACUUCUGUCAAGCUUUCCACAGAGAGAAUGAUACACUAAUCAUCAUCAUCAGAAAUGAAGAUAUAUCAUCACAUUUGCAUCAGAUUCCUUCUUUGCUGAAGCUGAAGCAUUUCCCCAGUGUCAUCUUUGCUGGAGUAGACAGCCCUGGAGAUGUUCUUGAUCACACCUACCAAGAACUGUUUCGUGCAGGAGGCUUUGUGAUAUCAGAUGACAAGAUAUUAGAAGCUAUAACAUUAGUUCAACUGAAGGAAAUUAUCAAAAUCCUGGAAAAACUAAAUGGAAAUGGAAGAUGGAAGUGGUUGCUUCACUACAGGGAAAAUAAAAAGCUAAAAGAAGAUGAAAGAGUGGAUUCAACUGCACAUAAAAAGAACAUAAUGUUGAAGUCAUUUCAGAGUGCAAAUAUCAUUGAAUUGCUUCAUUAUCACCAGUGUGACUCUCGAUCAUCAACAAAAGCAGAAAUUCUGAAAUGUUUGCUAAACCUGCAAAUUCAGCAUAUUGAUGCCAGGUUUGCUGUCCUCCUAACAGACAAGCCUACUAUCCCCAGAGAAGUCUUUGAAAAUAGUGGAAUCCUUGUUACAGAUGUAAAUAACUUUAUAGAAAACAUAGAAAAAUUAGCAGCUCCAUUUAGGAGUAGCUAUUGGUGACUCAGCUACAGCCUGCCUGGAUAUGGAUCAUGCCAAUAAAAAA